CAGCGGGGCGGAGAAAAGCGGUACAUUGGAUACUCCAGCAUAGUACCGUGGUCAGCAUCAGACGCGUCUCCCGCGCAGUCUGCCGCACUUCAACAUCUUCUGGUUCAUGGAGUAUACACUUUCCAUUCAAGUGCAACAGCAGCUGGAUGUCUUGCCGACGCACUUCUACCAGGGCUACAGCGUAGAGUUACAGAUGAAGUCAACAGAGGUGGACCAGGGGCUUUUCACAGACAGCUACUGCAAAGUGUGCAGCGCUCAGCUCAUCUCCGAGUCCCAAAGAGUGGCCCAUUAUGAGAGUCGGAAACACGCCAAUAAAGUGCGGCUGUAUUACAUGCUACAUCCUGUAGAUGGAGGCUGCCCGGCCAAGAAGCUCAGAACAGACGAUGGCAGCGAUGAGUGCGAUGUGGACAAGAACAAGUGCUGCACGUUGUGUAACAUGUCCUUCACCUCAGCAGUGGUGGCACAGUCUCACUACCAGGGAAAAAUCCAUGCCAAGAGGCUCAAAUUGCUACUGGGAGAGCAGCCUGCCAUCAUAACCAAAGAGGCAUCCCCCAGUCCUGUAAAGAACUCCCAAGAAAUGUCUCCUAUGAUGUCACAACGACAGCGCCGCGACUCAGAUCGUUACUGCCAGCUAUGCAAUGCUUGGUUCAACAACCCUGGCAUGGCUCAGCAGCAUUAUGAUGGAAAGAAGCAUAGGAAGAAUGCCACCAGAGCAGAUCUGCUGGAGCAGCUGGGCCAGACCAUGGACAUGGGAGAAAUGAAAGCCCUGAAGCGAAGCUACACUUGUGAAGUGUGCAGCGUCACACUCAACUCUGUUGCACAGUACCACGCGCAUCUGCAGGGCUCCAAACACCAAAACAAUCUGAAGAAUCAGAUAUGUGUCCAGUGAGCGUGGGACGGCGAUAAAAAUACCAACUACUGGAUUGAUGUCAGACAAGCUGUGGUCAGCUUGCCCUCCUUUUUCUGCCUCUCCCCUGCUCAAUCGCCUAAUCAUUAUUUAUUUAUUUUCUCUCUCUCUCUUCUUGUUCUGUGUAUCUCGGCUGCCCAGACUAAUGCCUCUUUUCCACUGACCCGAUUUGGCCCUACUUGACUCCACUCAGCUUCAUUACUGUUUUUUCCGUACCUGUACCUACUUUUUUGCUCCCUGCUACUGAGCAGCUACUACCGGGGCUGAGUCGGACUACAUGUAACGUGGACAGACUGCUGUUGACUGGCCGUCGGACCAGGAGAAAUGAGAAAGGUUUUCAGUGAGGUAGUGCAGGGAAAAGUUAAUAAAACUCAUGAUCGACUACAACAAUAUUAAGGACCGCAAUGGCCAGAGCGGAUCAAAUCAAAAUAUAACUUUCCUAUUUACAAAUUAUAAACCAUGCCUGAAGGCUGAAAAAAAAGAAAAAGGACGCAUCAGCUUUCUGAAUUACAUGCAGGCAGAGCACUGCAUUUAAUAACAUCCUAAACCAGCUGAUCACACAAAAAAACAACUGUUCAGAUACAGAUACAUUUCCCUCAAAACACACAAAACAAUACCACUGUGAAACAGACAGUUUUGUUUUGAAAUUUAUUGACAGUCCUUAAGUGAACCUGUGUCUGCAGUAAGAGGGAGCAGGCAGAGAGCAGUUGCCUAUAAUCAGAAUGCCUCCCUCGGAUCAAAGGGAGGACGUCUCCGCUGAAUCCACGGGGCACGAAUGUCCAAUAUCCAACUUAAAACUAACUUCACCAUGGUCAAACGUCUGCAGUUGUGCAGUUUUAAAGUCCUUGUCCUCAUUAUUGCCAUGGCUGAGAUGAAAACUACUCUCAUAGAGCCCACAAUUGUAACUUCUUCAGGCAAACGUUUGAGCUUUACCAGUUCCAGACAGCAGCUUCUUUCCUCUCUGCUUCUCCUGCCACACACCCUUUACAUCAGAACCCCUGAACCUUUUUUGAUAAGUUCUGGCUGUGCUGUGGUCCAGAUAAUUAUCCCUGUGGAUCAUUUUAUAUGUGAAAAAAUAUAUAUAAGACAUUCUUGCAUGUAUAAUAAUACAAACAUUAUUCGUAUUUAGUUUAUGUUUUGAUUUUAUCAUUUCACUCAGAUUAUUUUAAUGUGACAGUGUAACACAGUAAAUUUAAUAGCAGCACAGCGCACUACACUGAUGCCUGGAGGCGGGACUUCAGCUGCCAUAGCUUCAUCCAUCAGUGGGUCUAUGGAAACACAAUUGGUACCGUACCGAGUAGAGUGAAACAGAGUGGAGGGGAGCUGCGCCGGCUAAAACGAGCCAGUGGAAAAAGGCAUAAGAGGGGGAAUGAAGGAUUGUUUUAUUUGGGACAACUUCCGCAUGACCGUUUUCACUCUCAGAAUAAAAGAAGAGCUUCAGCUUUCGUCAACAUUACCAGGCACUCUUAUCGCUGAUCUCUGACAUUCCACUGGAACUGUUUUUGUUUUCUAUACAUUCACUCUUAGUCUGAAAGCAUUAAAGUGGAUCUUAUACUCAGCAGCCUUUUUAAAAUGCAUGGACAAAACUGUACUUUUUUCAAUGGAAUGUCAAGUAUUUUAUGCUGGACUUUGAACUAAAGAAAUGAGGGUUUGUUUGCUUUUACUUGAAAGAAAUUGCACAUUUCUAAUUAUACAGUCAGUAUUAAAUAUGGGUUCAUCACUGUCUUUGUUCUCUACACAAACAUUGUAACUUUAAAUGGAUACAGUGCAUUCUUGUUGUAGACCUAAACCCAUUUGCAGCUUGAAAUAGGUUGAUAGCAAUAAUAAUACUGGUUGAAAUCUUAUUAUGUUGUGAAGUGUAACUGUCUGUUUACUAUAAUAAGCGAAAAUAUGUAUAUUUUUGCAAGAUGAUAAGUAUGAUUAUAUACCUAGAAAUCCUCACACCUGUUCUUUUAUUUUGUUCUUGUUGUCUAUUGAUGGCAUAUCUCUGUUUAACGAAGAAAUCCCAAAUGUUGGGACUAUGGGGGUGGUAUUUCUGGAUUUACAAAAAUUUUUACAAAGUUGAUCAAAUUGUGAAUAUUAACCUCAAUAGACUCUUGAUCAAAAUCUUGAUAACCCAGAAAGACAUUUUGUGUUAAUGCGUUCUAAUCAGUUUGUAAACAUAACUUUGAAAUGCAAAAGAAAAAACAGGAGCAAGAGACCAAAAUAGUGUAAGAAAUGACUGAAAGUGUAUUUAAACUCAAACUGUUAAUUAGUUGAUCAAGGUUUGUGACCAUAGCCUUAAAAAGUCAAAGUCUGAACAUGCUUCUGGCUUUCUGUGAGACAUUCACACUGUCCUAACGUAGAAAAUGUACAAAGGCUUUCUGUCUUUAGGCUAGAGUGUUGAGGCAAACAAGCAAGGCCUCUCUCAGUGUGCUAGCAGUGCUGACACUGGAUGCAGUAAGACCAACAUGGUACAUUUCUUAAAGGGCACCUAUUAUGCAAAAUUAACUUUUUGAUCGUCCUCUAAUUCUUCUACAAACAGUCCAAACGCAAAAAAAAAAAAAAAAAAAACAUUCUGCCUUUUUUUGGCUAAAAUAAAAUGUUUUAUUUUUUCUAGAAAACUUGUGGUUUCAUGAGUUGUGUAAUUGUGACAUCACAAUAACACUGGAACCUAGCAACAUUACGUGAGUCCCGCCCUUGAGUAGCAAGGAACUCAAGUGGAAGGCAGAUGUUCUGUUGUUAGCUGCAAAGACCCACAUGUGUCCAUGGGGAUUACAGAGAUGUGUGGCUUCAUUUUGUUUUUGAGGGCAAUGUUCCAGUUACAUUAGCGAAGACAGUACUAGUUUGUGUAAAUCACUGUACCACGGACUGCUUUGAGAACUCACAUCAGUACAUGUCAGGAUUUGCAGAAAGACUUAGACUGAAGAAAAAUUCAGACCCUACAGUUCGUGGCAAAUCUGCAGAUGACAGAAACAUAAGUACUUAUUGUUGUGUCUUAUAAGUUUCGGUUUCGUUUUCACUUAACAUCCCCAACCAGCCCCAACCAGGGCUGAUUGGGGGCGGUGGCCAUAUAUAGUUAAUUUGCAUAAAAGUGACAGAGCCCUAAAACAGCUCAUUCUGAAAGGAGCUCGAAAAAGGGGGAACUGGGGAAGUGAAAUCUCAUUAUCUGAAAAUGAUUUUGUGCAAAAAAUGCCAUUGACAUGUUUUGUAUAGCCCAUAGACCUAUCCCAAAUGUUUAAAAGGAAGUAUAAUAUGUCACUUUUAAAGAAUUUGAGAUGUUGGGACAAACCAAAACUCAAGUGUUACAACCCCCAAAAAUUCCCCUGCACUGAGGUACGGGAUCCUACUGGCUUUCCUGUGAAGGCACAGACCCAAACUACCUCAACUCAUACUAAAGCCUUUACUGAUGCUGUGUGCAGUCCAAUAACUAUAAGUAACAUCUGCGAUGUUACUUAAGAGAUUGGCUUUAAGAGCAAAGACAUCUUCAAAAGCCAUGUAUCCAUGGCAUAAACUUGGCAAUAUGGAUUUUGCAAAGUAACACCAAAUAUGGGAAAUUAAAAGGUGGCAGAACAUUUUAUUCUCUUAUCUGAAAAAUAAAUCAUCUGAAUGUUCUUGAUGGCUUCCUACAUCAUUGGAAUGACAAGAAGAUUCCACUGAAGAUGUUUUCGGUGCAGCAUAGUGGGGGAGGCUGCAUCAUGAUCUGGGGGUGUUUUUUUUUUUUCCAAUGGAACAAUAGAGCUUUAGUUUCUGAAGAGGAAUAAAACGCUGGCUGGUUGUGUGGCGAUGUUUAGAUAACGACAUGGAGCAAUGUCCCCGCCACCGCUCUGACAAUGCUUGAAUCAAGCAUGUCUUAAAUUUUUGAAAUAAUUAACAAGAAUAGUGACUCACUACUGGUAUUUGUAUGGUCUUAGUUCUGUUUUGAGUUUUUUGCACUAUGGUCUAAAUGCUUGUAUCAGCUGGUGAAAACUCAGUUUUAUUUCAGUUGUAGUCUUCACUAAUUACCUUCUCUGUUUGUUUUGUUUUGUGCUCCUGUUACUUUGUGCAUUUUAAAGCUCGACUUUACAAUCAAAUGGCAGGAACUGAAAACAAUUUUAUGGUUCAGAAAAUACUGAGCCAUUAAAGCCUAUCUUGCAAAGCGUUAAUUACUUGCAGAAGCAUAUGACGUCACCUGGUAAAGUAAAAGUUAGUAAUUAAUAUAGGACCUGGAUAUGAUGGAGAGUGACUUUAGCUUGAAGCUUGUUUGUGUCGCAGCAUUUUGGAUAGCAGCUAACUGUUAGCAGCUAAUGAUACUAUAACAGACAUAUGCUUGAGGACUUAGUAUUGGCGCUAAACUAAAGGGCUAUUUCACAAUUUGUAUUAAGUCAGACCUGCAUUAGAUUGUCACUGGUUGAAAUUGUAAAAUACUUACAUUGAAAAAACCUAAACUAGAUGACAAGGUUCCUUAAAGCAAGGUUUAAUAGAUAUUAACCAUUUUUUUCUGUUUGUGAAAACACAAAAGGGAACCUUUGUAAUACUUUUCUGGCAUUAGGACCACCUGAACUCAAUUAUUGCACAAGGACUACAGUUUUGUGAAACUGUUAACUCUUUAGUUGCAAAAACAAAUUGAGAUUUUUAGUUUUUCCUAAAUAUUGCUAAAUUCUCUGCUUGCUCUCAGAUGUUGUCCAGAUCCUAAACCCUCUAUUACAGUCUGGAUCAUCUAAGAUUUGGUCAACUUAAUUGUCAAAGCAUUUGACUGUACACACUUCUUAUCCCUGAUAUCGUCUCCGAUUUUGUCAACAGUAUACACUUGCUCAUUUUUAAUUAUUGUAGAAUAUUUCAUAUGAUCUUUGCUAAAUGUUCUACCCUGGGGAUUUAUUUUGCUGUGUAAAGCAACGAAUAUAAUGCUGGUCAGAGCUGUCAAUGCUACAGGUUUAGAAAAAUGUGAUUUGAAUAUAGUGUUUAUCUCAGGGAGGUCUGGUUGCUUUAGGAAAAUAAACUCUGCUGCUGAGAGUUAAACAGUCAUUUGUACUGAAUCAGUCCCCUUUAGAGCUUUAUAGAAUGUGAAUGUAGGAAGGACUCAACCAUAACUGUAAUGGUUUUCUAGAUUAGUUGAUUUUGUGGAUUAUUUUAAGGGGAAGUUAUUCUUGAUAUAUAUAUACAGGUCCUUCUCAAAAUAUUAGCAUAUUGUGAUAAAGUUCAUUAUUUUCCAUAAUGUAAUGAUGAAAAUUUAACAUUCAUAUAUUUUAGAUUCAUUGCACACUAAC